AUGUCAGGUAAGGGAAAGGAUAAUACGAAUACUGCUGAUGUUAGGGAGGACCGUGUGGUUACAAACUCGUUAGGGCAGCCACUUAAUGAGCCUUUUGCUACGCAGAGGGUCGGCCAGCAUGGUCCAUUGUUGUUGCAGGACUACAACUUGAUUGAUUUGUUGGCGCACUUCAAUAGAGAGCGUGUUCCGGAGAGGAAUCCGCAUGCCAGAGGUUCGGGAGCUUUUGGUUAUUUUGAGGUGACGGAUGACAUAACUGAUGUUUGUGGUUCUGCUAUGUUUUCUGAGAUUGGGAAGAAGACCAGGUGUUUGGUCCGUUUUUCCACUGUUGGUGGUGAAAAGGGGUCUGCGGACACUGUUAGAGAUCCCAGAGGGUUUGCAACCAAGUUUUAUACUGAGGAAGGUAAUUUGGACUGGGUUUACAAUAACACGCCGGUUUUCUUUAUCAGGGAUCCCUCUAAGUUCCCACAUUUCAUCCAUACUCAGAAGAGACAUCCCAAGACCAAUUUGAAGGAUGCCAACAUGUUUUGGGACUUUUUGACUACUCCUGAAAAUCAGGUUGCUAUUCACCAAGUCAUGAUUUUGUUCUCUGACCGUGGGAUUCCUGCAUCUUACAGAAACAUGAAUGGGUAUUCUGGACACACCUACAAGUGGUCUGCAAAGAAUGGGGACUGGUAUUAUGUGCAGGUUCAUAUGAAGACCGACCAAGGGAUUAAGAAUUUGACAGCUGAAGAAGGCACCAAGAUCGCGGGUGAGAACCCAGACUACUGUCAAGAGGAUUUGUUAAAGGCCAUUGAGGCGGGGGACUUCCCAUCUUGGACGAUUUACAUCCAAACCAUGACUGAGGAGGAGGCCAAGAAGUUGGAUUUCUCGGUGUUUGAUUUGACGAAGGUCUGGCCACAGAAGCAGUUCCCAUUGCGUCGUGUUGGUAAAAUGGUGUUGAAUGAGGUUCCCCAGAACUUCUUCGCUCAAGUCGAGCAAGCAGCCUUCUCCCCAGCCACCACUGUGCCAUACCAAGAGCCAAGUGCAGACCCCGUUUUACAAGCUCGUUUGUUUUCUUACGCAGAUGCUCACCGUUACAGGAUCGGGCCAAACUACCAUCAAGUUCCAGUAAACUGCCCAUAUGCAUCUAAGGCCUUUGCACCAGCUAUCAGGGACGGUCCAAUGACCGUCGAUGGUAACCUUGGUAGUGAGUCCAACUAUCUAAGUACUAGCAGCCAGUACCAAUUCCUCCAACAACAAAGACCCAUCCAGCAGCACCAGGAAACUUGGUUCGGCCCAGCCCAGCCAUUCCACUGGUCCACUAGCGCCGGCGAAAUUGAUUUUGUCCAAGCAAGGGCUUUAUACCGUGUCUUGGGCAGACAGCCUGGGCAGCAGAAAAACUUGGGCCAUAACAUUGCUAUCCACGUUGCGAAUGCCGCCCCUGACAUCCAAGACCGUGUCUUUGCUAUGUUCUCCCGUGUUGAUGAGGGCUUAGGCCAAGCCAUCAAGAAGGAAGCAUUGAGCUUAUCUCCUCGCGAGAAGAGACCAAAGUUGUGA